CUGUUCACCUUCAGCUGGUGCCCCAGAGCAGCCUGCACCCUUCUGUAUGAAAUGUGGGAUAACUAAGCCAUACCGCAUUCUGGUCCUCAUCUGCACGGUCACGGCGAUGGCCCUUCUGUGGUGGGCCUUCAGCCUGUCCACCUGGGCGAAGGUGGACAUUGCUAAUGGCCGCCAGGUCCUGUUCAGUGCCCUGUUUGCCACCUGCAGCCAAGAGGUCAAGUGCUGGGUUCCUCCACCCAGGUCAUACAGCUUCAUAUUUGGUCGAAUUUUCAUGAUCAGCGCCCUUCUUCUCUCCUUCUUCCUGAACAUCACACUGAUGGCCUUCCCUCAGUCCCUUCCUGACACCUGGAAACAGUACUUUGUCUUCACCAUCACCUGCUUCGUCAUAGGUGUCUGUGUGUUCCUUGCGUUGCUGCUGCACACUCUGUAUAUUUGGAGAGUAACUGACAUAUUCAAGGAAGCGAAAGUCACCCUUCUCUACCCCUAUUUCAUCCUCUCAGUCAGCAUCAUGCUGUUUUUCCUGUCUGGAAUUCUCUGUUUCGUCAGCGCCCACCACUGUUGGUUUUGGUGUGUCCUGCAGCGGCCUAUUCAAGUGGAACCAAUGCAAACACCCAUGGCCAGUCACUGCCCUGUAACUGACUCUGAGAAUAAACUGAGUGCAGACAGCUACCCAACCCUCCGUGGCAACCGUGGGAACUGCCUGUCGAGCCUGCACUUCAAGACUUCCCAGCUCCAUGCUCUUGUUUAAUUGCUGUGGGAGACGAAAGAGUUGUCCCUCUCCUGACCAUCGUUCCGAUGAGGAGUAGGAUUCCAGGGACUUGGGUUUUCACAAGAGGGAAGACAUGUUCUGGGGUGGGGAGUGAGGAGUCUGCUUUGGGUCUCGGAGACUUGGAAUGAAAACCUCCUCUCACCUUGAACUGGCCAAGGCCCACCCCCUCGCCUUAGUGUUCCCUGUGUCCUGCAAGGCCUGUUCUAACAGCAACGAAGCUCCUUCUCCACCUGUGUGGCUUGAGUUUUGAUAAAAUUCUCUGCUCUAUGGUAAUUCUGUGAGAGUGAUCUGUCAAAUAACUCAGGGCUCUGUUGAAGGCAACAAAACCUCAUCCAAACUCACUUAAAUGACAACAAGAGAGUGAACUUACUGGACAGACGCAGGGAUAGUCCAUUGACACAAUGGAAGUCCUGGCAGGAUCAGGGUUACACAAGACACGGUGGAACCUGGAGCUCUUUCCUCCAGAACACUACUCUUUAAAACUAUUUGGUGAAUUUCCUGACCCCUAAUUGCAAACAGUCUCCUAAGUUCCCUUGCUCAUCACUUUCAAAGCCUGUCCCUCCCCCUCAGCCAGACCUCUGCUCCUGUCUGAGUUCUGAACACAUUGGGCCUGGGCCACUCCUGCCAGGCCAGGAGCUCUGAGUGGCCUCCCCACUGCAGUCUGUCUCCACCAUGUGACCAACCCCUCUUCUUAGAGCACAGAGCUGAGAAUGUUCUCCUUAAAAACAACUGUGCCUUAUUCUUCAGGAUAAAUUCCUUAUCUUGAUAAAUAAAGAUUUUUAUACGUUGA